CCGCAAUCAUCUUCUUCGUCCACUGACCGACCGACACCCCCUACGGCGCAUACAGGUUUACAAACAACAAAAGUGCCCAACUAAUCAACAUCCCCCCGACAUUGUUUUUUCAAGCAACGCCUGCAAGGAACAAACGACCGCCCGUGUAGCUGGCAAAAUGAUUCGGCGCUGGUCGCGAAAAUAUGUGUCGAUGAGAACGAACUCAUUAAAUGGCAUCGCGGUGUGCUCAGAUGUGAUUUGACACGCUGCAGACGCCUACACAUAAGAACCAGCGGCCGCUCCAAGAUUUGGCUGGAGAGCCUUGCGUCGAGAAGGAGGAGAGGAGGCGGAGCAGAAGAUAGGGAGAAACUGAAGGGCAUGGAAUGCUGAGUAGCCCUAGAAUUAUGCGCUUGACUGCACCUGUGAACAAAAAACUGCGAAAGCACCCAUCUAUAUGGCUGGCAAGAUGACAUGAUUCGGCACGAUUAGCUACGUAAGACGACUUCGCACUCCUGGCAUCUCCACUGGAAACGCAGGACAGGGAGCAUGUAGAAGGAGGAAUGGCGCGCGCUCAAGGUUCUAUGUUCACGCUGACCUCGUUAUGUUUGCUUGUGAAGGCGAUCGCCUCGAUGGGCAAGCAGUGCUGUGUCCCAGGUGGCCCAGGCUCGGCACCUCUGCGGUCGGAAGCACCCAUCUGCCACGAGGCGUGCCAGGGGCGCGGUCAGGCAGCGCCUCCAGUGGAGGGGGCCGAGCCUGAGCCGACCUGCGGGAGGGAAAACACUCUGGCUCCAGAGCGCAGCGAGUCGUGGGUGGCGGCGCGCCGUGACUCUAAGCCGCGCUUCAAAGACCUGGCACGGAGUGCCACGGCGCGAGAGGCGACGGGCGUCCAAAGCAGCGAGAAAGGCAUCGGUUCCAGCAGCGCGCUUUAAAAGGGCCGAGUUUGAAUCAGAAAAUUAUAACUGGCAGGAGGGGCGCCAGGGAAACCUCACUGGAAGUGAGGACGAGGGAGGACGAGGAAGCGAGCUUAGCAGCUUGGCACAGGGCUGGUCCACAGCCCGAAUCAUGGAAACGACAAGGGAAACGAAAGGACGACAGCUGGCAGCCUCCGAAAACUCUUGGAAGCCAACGUUGACCUCUCAUGGAGUCUCCUACUUUACCUCCGCUAAGUUCCACCGAGCUUCUGCCAGCGGAACAGCCCUCGGUGUACUUGCGCUGAUUUUCGCCGAGGGCGAGAGGUUCACCCUUCGAGCCCUCGAACAGGACCGACACACAUCUGAAUAGCGCACGCAGGAUCGGACCGAAACUUGAAUCGAAGAAUCAGAUCGGCCAGGCAUCGAGGCCCUAAACUUGGCCAGGCCUCUGAGGGGCCACUUGCGAAAGCCAUUGGAAGGCCUGGCCAAGCCUGGUGCUGGCGCGUCACUGGCCACUCUCAGGAACUCGAUGCGACGCCGCAUGCCUUCCGAACCCGCCGGCCUUGAAGGCAAUGUGGGCUCACAACUGUUUUUUCAUCGCGAAGACAAGGCGAAAUACAGCAGCAGUAGUCUGACUGGUGGGGCAACGUCGGCCAUACAGGCCGACGAAGAGCCACUCAGCAUCGAAGGCAAGGCAACUCGGUAUAAACACAAGCCUACGUUACGCAUCACCCAGCCGCCGCCACAGCGACUCCCCCCAUGCCCCCUCUCCACGGAGACUCGGGGGGGAAGAGAGUGGGAGGAAGAGGAAGGAAGAACGCCAGACUCUGGAGAGGACGCGGGGUACAGGCCCUGCCAUUCGAAACGAUGCCAG